AUGGCAUUGAGAAUGAUCAACAUAGCCCUUCGGGGUGUCGAGUGGUUCUUCACGAUAAUCAUCAUGGCUCUCAUCGGCAAUAUGAUAGCAGACGCCUUCCACGGCAGCGCUGCAUCAGUGAGCUACAUCCUAUUCGUAUCGGCAUUUUCAAUGCUGACACUCUUCUACCUGACCGCCGCCGCCAUCAGCGAGUCGUUCAUGAUUCACCCCCUCGUCGUCUGCUUCGUCGAUUUGCUGAAUGACAUCUUCAUUUUCUGCGGUGCGGUGGCUCUGUCCUUAAAGCUGCGCGUGCGUGAUUGCAGUAACGAGGCCUUCACCUCCACAAACUCGAUAACCAGAGGUGCACCGGACCAGGAGAAGCGCUGCCGUGAAGCGCAGGCGGCCACAGCCUUCCUCUGGUUCCUGUGGGCUGCAUUUAUAGCCUCGACAGUCAUCUCUGGGCUUGGAGUACGUGGAACGAUGGCUGAGAUGCAUGGUCCCCGUCCUGGCCGACGGGGUCACCCAUCAAUGGCCCAAGUGUAG